AUAUGUACAUAUAUAGCAAGAAUAAUUUACGAUUUCUCAGAAUGAAUUAUAUUAAGUAAUUAACCAAUUUAAAGAAUAAAAAUCGACUCAACAAAAAGCCAUCGGCAUUUCGUUGUCUAACAAGACAAAAAAUCCAUGCGCCACCGUGUUGCCAAUUAGUGUAGCAGCGCCAGUAGCACCACCCUCGGUAUCAGCGCAAUGGCUCAAUGCCGCGGUGCGCUACCCAGCACUAAUCUUACCCUCCAGCGAAAAAUUUGCGAUUUGUUUAUAUGGAUAUGGAAACAAAUUAAAAAAAUGGAAUUUCGUGUGUUAGAGCUUUUUAGCGGUAUAGGCGGUAUGCAUUUUGCUUUCACUUCCGCUGCAUUGCCAGGCACUGUUGUCGCAGCGAUGGACAUCAACACACACGCCAAUGCAGUGUACGCCCACAACUUUCCAACAACAUCGGUAUGCAAUAACAAUAUACAGAGCUUAACACCCAACAAAAUUAAAAAGAUGAAUGUAAAUAUGAUACUCAUGUCUCCACCAUGCCAACCGCACACCCGAGUUGGGAAUCGCUUAGAUAUUGCUGAUAAUCGGUCAGAUGCAUUACAACAUAUCUGUAACUUGUUACCUCAGUGUUCAGGCAUAGAAUACGUACUUAUGGAAAAUGUCAAAGGUUUUGAAAGUUCACUUGCCCAUGGACAUUUGUUGCAAGCACUGCGCCUGGCAGGGUAUAAUUGGCGAGAAUUCAUUCUUAGCCCAAUCCAACUUGGAAUACCCAAUUCUCGAAAUCGUUAUUAUUGCUUAGCUCGUAAAAAGGAUUUUUGCUUUGAUGGUAAACAUAUUUUGGAGGAAAUACCAACAGAGCUAAAAGGGUCCAUUUCAAAUGUAAUAACGAUAAGCAGUUUACUAGAGUCGGAAGCCUCAAUUGCCCCUGAACAUAAUUUGCCCGAUAAAAUACUGAGCAAGCGAGUAUGGCUCAUGGAUAUAGUAAAUGAUGAAGCAAAAAAGACAAUGUGUUUUACGAAGGGUUAUACUCACUACAGCGAGGGAACUGGUUCGGUUUAUACUCCUUUGGGGAAAAAGGAUAUGGAUACAAUUUUCGAAAAGGUUAAAGAAUUAGAAAGUAAUGGCGACACAGAAGAGAUACGUUUGAAACUGCUAAAAAGUUUAAGACUGCGCUAUUUUACCCCAAGAGAAGUUGCAAGACUGAUGAGCUUUCCCAAUACUUUUGAAUUCCCAGAGGAAACUACAAAUCGUCAAAAAUACAGGCUUUUAGGCAAUAGUAUAAAUGUAUUCGUUGUGAGUGUAUUAUUAAAAAUAUUAUGCUCCUGAAGUUCUUUUUUUUUUAAUUGCUUUCAGGUGAUAUGUAUGUAAUUCUUUUAACUUAUCUUUUAUUUGAUAUGUAUGUAGUUCUUUCAACUUAUCUUUUGUUUUCCUAAGUUAGAUUGAGAUCCCUGAAAGGGAGUGCUUUGUCAUUUAAACAAUCAAUUGCAGCGGAAGAAAUAUUUUUAAAAGUACAAUAAGCAAAGGAUUCGGAGCUUAACAUUUUGUUUAUUAUAUUAAUUGAAAUUAAAUUACACUUCAUUUUUUAAGGGUCAGCAAAAUCUUAUAAUGCAUUCUUGGGGCCCACCCUUAAGCAAAUUAUUUACAUUUGCAUAAUUUAUAAGAUGAAAAUGCAUUGUUUAUAAACUAAAAUAAAAAUGUUUCACUACAUAUUUUCAUUAAACAUAUAUACGUUUUUAUCGCUCCACCAAUUGCGUUGAGCAGCUCACACCGAUCAAGCUGUCCUUCAGCUUACAUUAUCUGCAAACCUUUUAAACCAUAACUUUAGCCGUCCUUUAGCUCAUUUCCCCACUCCUUUGCUAUCAUAUAAAUAGCAUUUUGGUUUAAUUUUGGUCCUAGCAAAGGAUUCAUUUGUGCCAUGUAACAACAUAGCCA